UUUUUUAAGACUAAGAUGCCUACAAGCCUCUAUGGUUGUGGCUUUGAUGGGUUCUCACAGCUGUCAAGUUUUCUUUUAACUAAUUCUGAUAACUUAUCAAGAAAUGCAAAACCUGACCAAAAGAAAAGAAAUGCUAAAAUCAUAUGGCCAAUACAACUCUUUCUAAACUUAAGUGACUCAAACACUGUUUACAGCAAUGCUAUAACAUGGGCCCGUGUGGUUGUAACAAUUAAAAAAGGUAACAAAUCCAUGUCUGUUUUUCCCAUAUAAUACUACCUUAGAGGAGUGUAAUUCCGCUAUGACAAAUUAAAAAAAGUUUAAUUUUUGAAACUACAUAUUUUAAAAACUUUAUCUUCCAAUAUUCAAAGCUUUUAAGCUCUUGACUCUUGCUUGCAUAAAAUAAAAGACGAAUAUUAAUUAUUAAUUUUUUGUCUGUUUUUAAGAGCUAAAUGGAAAUAUUUGGAGGUAAUUACUUAAGCAAACUUAGAGAAAUCAAGAACCUUUGGGGGAAAUUACGGCUAUUGACACCAUUGUUGACAUCUAUGAUUGCACCUUCAAAACAAGCCUCACUCUUAAUAACCACUUGAGAGAAUAGAGAAAAUCAUUAUGAAAUUAUAACAAUAGCAGACAUACCUUGACUUGUAAUUCUAUAGUCUAUAUGUUGUAACAAAGCUGCAUUUGGUUUUUUCUCAGAUCAAAACAGUUAUACAUCAUAUGUAACAGAAUUACCAGAGUCAGAGCAAUGCCUUAGAGAGCAAAAAGAUCAAUCCCAACUUCUAAAUGUUUUAGACCAAAGUAUUGUUGUUGCUGCAUCAGAUAAAGAUGUUGUUCUAAAAGAAUCAGUAGAUGCAAAAAUAAAUAUUAUUUUUAAAGAUGAUAACAUCAAUGCACAGGCUUUACAGAUGGAGAACAUUACAGAAGGAACCUCUAUGAAACGGAUUGUUCGUGGGGGACAUAAGUAUUUCUUCAGUGCAUGUGGUUGGUAUUAAAUUGUGAUAAUUUUAUGUGUUAGUCAUUGCAGAUAAUGAGGCCUAAGAAAUGUAUUUAUUUAUGUGUCUUGGACAGCUUGAAGACAUUUUUAGAGCUUUUUAUAUGUGCUUGAAGUUACAAGACAUGUACUGAGUUCACCAGCAUAUAAAUAACUUGAGAAAAAAGGGUUGAUUUCAUUAGAUCAUUACUAACAGAAAUUCAGAAAUGUCUACAUUUGAUGUAAAUUACAGGAGAGUAAAAAAAAUAGUUAUUGAUACCAGUUGUGUUUUUAAUAUUUUUAGAUACUAAACUGGUGAAACUAAAAGCUUCAAAAUGUACAUCAAAAUGUACAUGUGAUGAAGCUAAUCUUGUGAUGAGAUUUGAGAUUGAUCCUAUCAUUAUGGGAAUUUCUAUUAAAGAUGUCAGCUGUGGAAAGGAACAUGUCCUGCUUUUGGGAGAAAAUGGAUCUAUCUAUAGUUAUGGUUUUGGGAGGUGAGCUAAAUGUUAUGUACAUUAGUAUAGCCCUUUUAAAAUGUGUGGAUUAUCUAUUUAAAAUAUCUGGAUUCAAAUUCAAUAAAUUGGCACAUUGAAAAAAAAAAUAAGGAAAAUGUCUUUUAAAGUUUUGCAUGAAAUAGUAAAAUGUUGAAACUUGAAUCGGCUGAUUAAAAAAAAUAUUCUCUGGACUAUAAGAAUAUUAAGCAGACAUGAUUUAGGUGAUAUCGAAGGUGAGAUUGGAAUUCACACUUUCUUUUAGCCUUUUAACUUUUCAACUUUUAUAUCUGGGACGUUAAGUGAUGAACUGUCACAGCUGGUACAGUGAAGAGAAAAGAGUAAGUCUAAAAUCGUAAGGGAUCCUUACUAAAGGCUGCUUCUGUUAAAGCCAUCUGCAUAUUCAUGUUGUUCUGCAUAUCAGUUUAUUUUUUAAGUCUUCCAAAGUUUCAUUUUCCUCAUGCCUCCCUGGGAAGUGAGGUUGAUGAUAUUCUAAUAACAUGACCAAGCCAUCUUCAGUGGUGUGCCUGGAUGGUCUCUGCCAUGUUUUUCACCCCCAGUCAGCAUCAUAGUUAUUCACUGGAGAUUGUCUUUGAUGAGACAUUUUGAAGUUAAUAUUAAUAUGAGUUUGUAUAGAGGUCUCCAUUGAGAUUGCUUAUCCUGUGUAUGUAACAGGUGGGUAGGGCUGGGUUGAGUACAUCAGUGUGUCUAUGUUUUGCCGAAACUUCAUAGUGAUUAUUUUGUGUCUCCACCUUUGAAUGAGGAUCACGUAGAUAAAUAUUAAUUUGAUCAAUCAGUGGAUAAAAAUGAUUAAUAUUUUUGAAUAUCCCUGACAUCUUUUAAAAUUUAAUUUAUACACAUCAACCGUUUUUUUUUUGUCAUGAACUGGGCAGGAUUUAUUUCAUCAUUACUCACUGUAAAAAUGAAGACUGUAACUUGAUUUUUAUUUCAGUAGAGGACAGUUGGGGCAUAACUCUGUAGAGGGGAAUUCAUCACCAACUUUGAUAGAAGCAUUAGAUGGAUUACAGAUGAGAGCUAUAGCUGCCGGAGGUUGGCAUUCAGCAGCUAUCUCAGGUUUGUGAAAUGAUUAGUUCCCUUGAACUGUUGAUAUCAUCAUCAUUAUCAGUGGCACUACAGCCCAUGUAGGGCCCUGGCCUUCUUCACCACAUCCUUCCAUUCGGAAUGAUUCAUUCGAAUGAUUUGAUUAGAGAUUAUUAGAGAUAUAGAGUGUGCCUUUUUUUAUUGUUGCGACUAUGGGUGGGUCUUUGAACAGUUGUUAUAGCUCUUGGUACGUACGGAUUCUCCAGACACAAUUUUUCUAUCACUGGGCCAUAUAUUUUUCUGAGGAUUUUCCUCUCCCAUGUAUUAAGGAGGUUCUCUGCUUUUCUGGUAAUGGUCCAAGUCUCAAUAUCGUAAGUUACUACUGGUCUUAUUCUUAUGAUAGUGGUGUAUAUCUUUGUUCCCCUUGAGAGGUUUUUGCUUCCCAGUAGCGUUUGUAGGCUGAAAUAGGAAUGGUUGCCUGCUGUUAUCCAUUCUUUCACCUCCAACAUUACUUCAUUGUGCUCGUUUAUAGUUGCCCCUAGAUAUUUGAAUGUAGCCACUCUCUCAAAUUUGUGGUUGUUUAUAUUGAUGUUGUCAUUAGCGUGGGAGUUUCCUGACAUUAUCAUAUAUUUUGUCUUCGGUUCAUUUACGUCAAGACCAGCUUUGACUGAGGCAUUUUCAAGUUCCCUGAAUGCUUUAAUUAUGUCAUUACUGUUUCUACCCAGUAGCACUAUAUCGUCUGCGUAUUCCAGGUACUGCAAUGGCUGGCUAUAUAAGGUUCCUGAUGGUUGUUGUUCUGUAAUACCUCCCUGGAAGAAGCUUGUUAUGGUUCCGCUGGUGCUCACAUGUAUGCUUCUAAUAACUUUUUGUAGCGUGAUGUUAAACAGGAUACAUGAUAGUGAAUCUCCUUGUCUGAGGUUCUGAUUAACUGGGAACUCCUUUGAGUAUUCUCCCUGCAACUUGAUUCUACUUUUGGAGUUAGCCAUCAUUAUAUGCAUGAGCCAAGUAAGCUUGUUAGGGACUCCAAGUUCUUCUGGAGCGUUGUAUAAAUAAUUCCUGUCUAUGCUAUCGUAUGCUGUUUUGUAAUCCACGUAUAGUUGGUGUAUGUCGAUAGGGGUCGUCCAUUAAUUACGUCAACAAUUUUUAAGCAAUUUUUGAACCCCUCCGCCCCCCUGUCAACAACUGUCAAACUUUCAAUUACCCCCUUAUUUAAUUAUGUCAACAUUUUCUAAACCCCACUCCAAAAAAAAAAAAAAAAAAAACAGGAAUUAUAUUAUAAAGAAAUUUAUAAUAAUACAUUUUACUUUGUGCUGAUCUAAUUUAAUGACACAAAAUUGUAGGAAAAACAUUUCAUUACAUCUUUAGCUUGUUAAUCAACAAGUUAAAAAGUUUUUACACUUUAAUUUUAUAAUGCAGAAUCAAUUGAAAGGUUGUUAAAUACUUAAUAUCAUUGUUUGAGGUAUAACUAUGAUUAUUGUCAGUAAAGCUGACAAUUAUGGCAUAGUUUCUAGCUGCUAUCAUCUUCCCAAGUAGUAGCCAGGUUUGCUCUAUUGUUACAAUUGGCAUCAGGGACAUCAUUUUGGUAGGGCAGGGGUCAUUUGCCCCCACCCCCUAAUUUGGAGGUUUUAUUAAAAUUUCUAUGUACUGUGACGCCUCCAGUAAUAAACAACUUAACAAGCCGACCACGUUUUGUUUUGCACCCUCACCUCCUUUAAAAAAACAUGAAAUGGCGCCCCUAUUAGGCAUAGUCUAUAGUAGCUGAUUUAUCUUUUACAUCUUGCAGCCCUGAUCCUCAUCUAACCAUUCAGCAUUUAAAAUAGAAGCAAUAUUCAGUAUGAAUUGCCAUAAGCUCUAUCUCCUUGCAACUACUCACAUUGGUACUUUUUGAAUCCUUUUUUGUUGAGGAGCAGGUGUUAAUUUCUUAUGCUCAAGAGGGCAUUGUCGAUGCUGUUGAACAUGCUUUUUCAAAAUGACUUUAAAUUUUUUUUUUUUUCGUAUUUGAGGUCCCACGAUCAAUGUAUGGAUUAUUUUGGCUCCUGGUUUUAAUUCAGAGUUAGCCUUCUCUUAGAUGAGUUGCAUUCCAAGGCUAACGAGUUCCAUCAAGCCGGGGUGCUUGGGAAUUUGCUUUGGGGGGGAUUGAACUCCAGAACACCACUCUUUGGAGUAAGUAAAUUUAGACCACUCGGCCACCCAGCACCCUUGUGAUGCAAAAUAGAUGUUACAGAUUUUGCAAAUCCGUUCAAGCAAGGAUGUUAUUAUUGUUACUCACUUUACAUUCACCUAAUUCUCAAAAUAUAGUAUUCCUACGCUAUCAAUAUCAUUAAUCUUGACUGAACAUGAAACUUGAACCUUGUCCUUAUUUCAUACCUGCAACAGAAUCUACAGGUGAAGAGAGGCCAACUUUUGACUUCUCUAGCACUAACAAAGUGUACUAACAUUCUGACCAGCCAUCUGCAGUGCACAGAUUGACACACAUUAAAUAAAUCUUAUAUUGUUAAAAGCCUAAUAUUAUGACUAUUUACACUCUUUUACACUUAGACUUAUUAUUUUUUUUAAAUAAUGUCAUAACCAGUAAAUUUUUAAGAUUAAAAUUUUAAUAUAGAUUGUUUACGUCAACUAAUCUAAACGCCUCUCCCUUCCCCUUGUCAACAACUGUCAAACAUUUCCAACCCCCACCCCUAUUUUGUUGACGUAAUUAAUGGACGUCCCCAUAUUAUAAUAUUAUACUUCUCCAGGAGACAUCUCAUAGUCUCAUAGUAAAAAUAUGAUCCGUGGUUGACCUAUUCUGCCGGAAUCCGGAUUGGUAGUCCCCUAGGAUCUGUUCACUAUACCUUUCCAGUUUUCUUGCUAUAAGUUUUGUGAGGAUUUUGUACAUUACAUUAAGGAGGGAGAUUCCUCUGCAGUUUGAACAGACCAACUUAGAUCCUUUUUUGUGAAUUGGGAUUAUGAGUGUUCCAUUCUAUUAUUUCUAUUGGCAUUUCUUCCUCCUGCCAGAUUCUGGAUAUGAGGUCGUGUAUUUGCCUAUGAAGUUCGUUAACACCUAGCUUUAUCAGUUCUGCAGAGAUAAGGUCUAUUCCUGGGGCUUUGUUAUUUUUCAUGGUGAAGAUGGCAUCUUUUAUUUCAUUUAAUGUUGGUUGGUUGACCAGUGGGUCCGGUCCUCCUUUUAGUAGAGCGUAAUCCUCAGAGGUUCCUCUACCUGAGCCAUUCAGAAAGCCUUUAAAGUGUUGUGCCCAUCUCUCUAGAACUAUACUGCUCUCUGUGAUCAAUUCUCCAUCCGUAAUUUCACACUUGUGGGAUCUUGCUUGAAAGCCAUUCUUUUCCUGCUUUAUCUUCAGGUACAUUCCCCUCACAUCUCUUUCUUUUGCCAACUCUUCUAUCUCUAAUAUUUUUUAUUUUUACCAAACAUUUUUUGUUUCUGCAAAUUUUGCUAGCCACCCUUCUUAUGUCAUUAAAUAAUUGGGUAUUAUCGGCUUAAAUCUCAUCGUUUCCUCUGUUACACUCUUCUGUUUCCUCUUUUCCCAUUUCUCGUUUAUAUCAACGUUGCUGGCUGAUUCCCUUUUAGAUAAUUCUAGUUGAGUUUUAAUCUUCUGCUGAUAUUCCUCAAUAAUUUUUGGGUCCCUGCUUAAUUUCUGGCUGUUGUACUGUUUUUCUUUUUUCUUUUGUUUAUUGUUGCUGUUACAAAUUCAUUUUUUAUAUUUGAUUCUUACAAGUAUGUGGUCUGAGUCUAUGUCCACCACUCUACAGCUUUGUACAUCUAAUAUGUCAGAGCCAUGCCUCCAGUCAAUGAGUAUGUGGUGAAUUUGAUUACAGGUAAAUCCAUCUGGAGAUAUCAAUGUCGCUUAUUUAUUUGUUUUUGUUGGAAUACUGUGCUUCUGAUUGUUAUUCCUUUUCUAUAAGAUGUGUUCUGUUCUCAUUGCUCUCAUCAUGCAGACUUUCCUUUCCGAUUGUUGGUCUGUAAGCAUGUUCUUUCCCAAUUUUUGCAUUAAAAUCCCCAAGUACUAUUUUGGUGUCAUGGCGUGGUGCCUCAUCAAAUACUCUUUCCAGUGUUUCGUAGAAAGUUUCCUUCAUGCUUUCAUCAGUAUCUUGCGUUGGUGCAUGUGCGCAGAUUAACGUGGUGUUAAACAUUUUUCCUCUUAUCCUCAUGGAAGUCUUUCACUCGCUGGUUUAAACCAAAUGACUGCAUUUACUCUUUGACUGCAAACCCUGUGUUGUAUCCACUGUAGAAUAUUGUAUACUCCUUAGUACUUAGGAUGUCUGAGUCUUUCCAUCUGAUCUCCUGCAAUGCCACAACCACGAUUCUAUAUCUUAACAAUUUGUCACUAAGGCGGGCCCAUGCUCCCGCUCUGUAUAGACUAAGUACAUUCCAGGUCGCUAUCCUUAAGUCAUAUUUUUGUUCAGGCAUGGGUCGAAAUCCAAAAUUAUCUGUUUUUCUGUAUGUGGUUUAGCUUUCUUAACACUUGCUUUUUUACGUGACAGGGUCCUUAGCCCUGCGCACAACUGUCUGGGGGGAUGCCUCUUGCAACUCUCAGGGUGGCUGCCUUUGUAGUGGGUUGGGUCCCUAGCCUAUGUGGCAAUAGGUACUGAUUUUGAUCCGCACCCAGGUAUUUUAUUUCCCCGGUACCCACCAUAUCUGGUGGGCUUUCCCCUAUCCGCCACCUGGGGAGGCGCUUGAUAGAAAAUCAGUAUCCCCUCACGAGGAACUGUUGAUAUAAUCAGUUAUUUCUAUAACCGUAUAACUAUUUGUAUCUAUAUAUAUAAUUUGCCAGAAACUAGGGCACAAGACCAAGACAACCACGCAGGCUAUAUAUAGAUAUGCCAGAGCAAGCAAGACGCAGGCAAACCCUUCUCUCCCAUCCCUUGCCUGCCCAUCAUUGGUCUCGAGACAUGCGCACUGCGAUGGAGCUAACGCCCCCCCCCUCCUGCACCACCCUCGCUUGCCAGCCAGUUUGCGGCUUAGCAUACGCUGUGGUUCGGCGUGAAAUAAAAAGUGUGCCGUGACGUAUCAUGAAAAGGGGGCGGGGGGAAGGGGUGUAGCAACAUUGGCAUUCUUAAAUGUGCGUAACCUGAGUUCAAGUUUUUUGUCAAGUAACUUAAGUAGAUGGGAAGUUCAUGCAUUGCUACCGCCAAUGUUUGGCCGGCUAUAACUAGUUCUUUAUAAUUUUAUAUACACAGAACUAUUAUAAUUUAGAUUUCUUCCAUCCUAUUCUUUUUUUUUAUUUUCAUAAAAUAAUUGCUAUUGUACCAUAAUAAUAUAUGUUGCUGAUUUUUAUUUCGUGUAACUUGCAGACAUUGGAGACCUUUACAUGUGGGGCUGGAACGAAAGUGGUCAGUUAGGAAUUUCACUUGUAAAAAAUGAGAGAAAUAAUAGUGGCAGCCUAUCAGUAUCAUUUGACGAGACGGUCCAUGUGCAGGCAGAGCCACAUUGUAUUGCAAUGAAUGAAGAGUUUAAUGCAGUAGCUGUGGCUUGUGGCGCCAGACAUACUGCAUUUCUUUCAGGUAACUUUCUAUCACUUCAUUAUGAAAAGUGCUAUUUAAAAUGAUAACUCCUGUGUAAUGCAGCUCUGGCAUAAAAUAAUGUACAUACAUCUUUUUUUGAAAAGACAGUAAGUUUCAUAUUUUUUUCAUAGCACACAUUCUUAUAUUUAUUUUUUAAGAUGCACAAAAGCUUAGAAAUUUUUAGUGAGGAAUUUUUUUUUUAUUAUUCCUUUAGCUUCACUGACUGUAAAUGACUAUGCAAGUAGGCAAAUCAGUUAUCAGUUUUUGUUGUUCUAUAAAACUAACAUGUAUUCUAUAAAACUGCAUUAAUGUAUUUUUACAGAUGAUGGGAAAGUUUAUGUGUGUGGCUGGAAUGAUUAUGGACAACUUGGGCUUGGUCACUUGGAGUCACAAAGGAAGUUCACUGAAGUAGAGGCAUUACAAAAACUCAAAUGUGUUCACAUAUUUGCUGGACAAUGGAAUACAUUUUUUGUAUGUGAAAUCAAGCUUAAUGAUAAAAAAGUCAAAUUUUAGAAUGAACACAAAUAUUAACUCAAAGAGGGUAUCAAAUGAAAGC